AUGAAGGAAUUCCCCGAAUUUGAUCACUUCCGGCCAACAAAAGAAUAUCAGAAGUUACAACGAAGUAUAGAGGAAACCAAGCAUGCUCGGCCACAAACAGUAACAGCAAGCGAAGUGCAAAGAUAUAAGUCCGUCGUAGGUUCAAUCUGUCAUGAACCAUCACGAAGAUCCUCGAUGCCAUUUUCGGAAGCUUCUCAUUCAAGACCCGGAUCCAGCAGGAUACAUGCGCCAGUUGAACAAUUCCAAGCACAAGGCAGGAGCCUCGAAAUGUUAGAAAAUGAAUAUCACAGUCUAGAGCGCAAGAUCGCCGAGAUGCAUAUGAAGAGCACCAACGAUUAUUAG